UGCAAGUGCAAAGGACACCCCCACUCCUUCGCCAGAAACAAAGUCCACAAACACCAACCAACCUGGGGUUCUGUUUGUUUUAUUCAAUUUUAUCUUUUUCGUUCAUAGUUCAAAAAGUUUAAACGGUCUUAGAUUUAGGAGUAUUCUUCUAGGAAAAUACUAAAUCCCAAUUCCCAUUUCCCACAACAACCUCUCUCUGUCUCUCUCUCUUUUCGGCGCAGGUCCCCUUGUUGUGUGUGACGCUCUCGCUUGCAUCAGAACCUACUAUAUAAACACAGCGCGCGCUCGAAACCUUCUUCAACUCAAAAAAAAAAAAAACCAAAAUCACUCAAUAAGAAGAAGGAACGAACACUCGCUCUGCAAAAGUGUGUGAACGAACCCUAAUUAAUAAAAAUGGAGAAGAAGGAGAACGGACCGAGCGAGAAGGCUUCCAAUGGCGGAAUAGAUGGACCCACAAACCCUAUGGUCACGCCUCUGCUCAAUGAUCUCUACCAAUUCACCAUGGCUUACGCUUACUGGAAAGCUGGCAAGCAGCAAGAACGUGCUGUGUUCGAUUUGUAUUUUCGGAAGAAUCCGUUUGGUGGGGAAUAUACUGUCUUCGCUGGCUUGGAAGAGUGCAUAAGGUUCAUAGCUAAUUUCAAGCUCACUGAGGAGGAGAUCGAUUUUGUUAGGCAAUGUUUAUCUUCCUCUUGUGAGGAUGGAUUCCUUGACUACCUAAGAGGACUCGACUGCUCUGAUGUUGAGGUGUAUGCUAUUCCUGAGGGAACAGUUGUUUUUCCCAAGGUUCCCCUGAUGAGAGUUGAAGGCCCAGUUGCUGUUGUUCAAUUGCUGGAAACACCUUUUGUGAAUCUAAUUAAUUAUGCAUCUUUAGUUUCUACUAAUGCUGCAAGGCAUCGUAAUGUUGCUGGAAAAUCCAAAACUCUACUUGAGUUUGGAUUACGAAGGGCUCAGGGGCCUGAUGGUGGAGUAGGAGCAUCCAAGUACUGCUAUAUUGGUGGAUUUGAUGCAACAAGCAAUGUUGCAGCAGGAAAGUUAUUCGGGAUACCCCUUCGUGGUACUCAUUCCCAUGCCUUUGUUAGUUCAUACAUGAGCCUUGAUGAGAUUACAGACAGGUCACUUAACAGAAAAGAUGGUUCAAGUACGUGUGAUGAUUUUGUCAGUCUCGUUCAAACAUGGUUGAACAAAAUUCAGUUAUCAAAUGGUGUUUUUGGUGAGACCAAUCAAAGUGAGUUGGCUGCAUUCACAUCAUAUGCUUUGGCAUUUCCUGAUGGUUUUCUUGCCCUCGUAGAUACAUAUGAUGUUAUGAGAAGUGGAAUCCCUAAUUUCUGUGCAGUUGCAUUAGCUCUCAGUGAUUUAGGAUACAAAGCAGUUGGCAUUAGAUUGGACUCUGGUGACCUUGCAUACUUGUCUUGUGAGGUCAGGAAGUUCUUUUACUCUAUUGAGAAUGAAUUUGGAGUGCCUGGAUUUGGGAAGUUGCAAAUCACUGCUAGUAAUGAUCUUAAUGAGGAAACAUUAGAUGCUUUAAACAAACAGGGACAUGAGGUUGAUGCCUUUGGAAUUGGUACAUAUCUAGUUACAUGUUAUGCUCAAGCUGCUUUAGGUGUUGUCUUCAAGCUGGUUGAAAUAAAUAAUCAGCCUCGUAUCAAACUUUCUGAAGAUGUAUCAAAGGUCUCUAUUCCAUGUAAAAAGUGCUGCUAUAGAUUGUAUGGGAAAGAAGGUUAUCCCCUGGUGGACAUAAUGACUGGAGAAAAUGAGCCCUCUCCAAAGGUGGGAGAAAGAAUCCUGUGCCGUCAUCCCUUCCAAGAAUCCAAGAGAGCAUAUGUGGUGCCACAGCGUGUUGAGGAGCUUCUGAGGUGUUACUGGUCUGGGAGUACAGAUAUUAAGAAAGAUACUUUACCAGCUCUAAGAGAUAUUAGAGAGCGAUGCAUCAAUCAACUUGAGCAAAUGCGACCUGACCACAUGAGGAGACUUAACCCAACUCCAUAUAAGGUUAGUGUUAGUGCAAAAUUAUACGACUUCAUUCAUUUCCUGUGGCUCAAUGAGGCACCAGUUGGGGAGCUACAGUAAGGCAAAUGUGCUUUCGGAGUUCAGAACCCAAUGGGUUGGGAAAAAAAAAGUUCAGUUCAGCGGAAAUUUUUCCAUACAGUAUUUUUUUAUCAGCAUUUCUCCAUACAGUAUAGAUGCAUUCAAUGUGUUUUGAUUGUUUUUCAAAAUAAAUGAUUCUGUAUAUUGGUGUUGGUGGAACCAUUAUUCUUUGAACAUCCUUACCCUUUAUCACAUUGCUAUGCAGUCCUUGAUUAAAUUAGUUAAACUUCAUACGUGCAUUCAACAGAUCUAUCAAUGUGAAUGUUUUUUCUUCUUGAAGGAGUAA